UGUUUUGGAUUGGAUUGGAUUUGGAUCGUCUUUUCUUGUUUUUUUGAUUCUCCCCCGUGUUUGCUGUGUGUGUUCCGCGUUUCGAGUGCCUUGUUUAUGUAAAUGUGCAGCCGAUAAUUAUUUAUUUAUUCCAAAUGCUGGCAAAUAUUGCAGAAUUAGCAAUAAAUUUUGUGAAUUCGCGGUGCUUGAAAUUGGAAGCGUGAGACCCCGAUCCGCACAUCGAUUAUGGACGGUGGUUGCAUGUGUGCGUGCCAGUGGUGGUAUGCAACAUAAAUAAGCAUUUCGAAGCUAAAGGGUCAAACCGGUUUAGCCAACGCAGACGCCACUGGGGGCACCACUUAGUCAUGGAGGAGAAGGAGGAGGCAACAUCAUCCACAACAGCAGCAGCAGAAACCGAAGCAAAAACAACUGCAGCAGCAUCAGGAACAACAACAUCCUUGCAACGUGUAGGCUCCCAAGCGAGUCUAGAACAAGCAUCUCCCAUGUCCCCCAGCAAGUUGGUUGCACCGGCGCCCCAUCACUAUCAUUACAUACAAUAUCCGGCACAUUAUCACCAGCAGCAGCAGAUGCAGUUACAGCCGCCGAUCCAGCAGCCAGCCAGCCAAUGCCAGUGCCCCUGCUCUUGUGGCCGAGCGCCACAAAUGACCCAGCUGCCACAGCAGCAGCAGCAACAACCAACACAGAACGGUUCAAUGGCUGUAGCGGUGCUGGUGCACCAACAGGCCUCGGUGCCUGCCACAGAGCAAGCGACGCCAGUCAAGACGCAGUCCGCCCAGUCCCUGCUCAAUCACUCCUACCAGGCGCUGCACGAGGAGCAGCAACAGCAACAGCAGAGGGAUCGUCUCAAUCUCCAGCUAGACACUUCGGUGGGAGCUGGCAGCUGUGACUGUGACCUGGAGUGCAGCUGUGCCGCCAACGGAGGCUCUUCGCUGGCCCAGCACAAGCGAAGCCUGCUGGCGGAUGCCAUGCUCGGUGCGGAUGAGAUCACGGUCAGUGAAUCCGACAACAACAGCACCAUGAUUAAGAAAAAGAAGCCACGCUCCAGUGCUGGGCAGUUGCCACCCAAGACUCAGCCCACGAGCGACAGCUGCAACGACAUUUAUCACGACACGGAGCUGGAUGGGGCAGGAGGUUCUGUGCUCUCCUUGGGAGGAGCUGGUGCUCGCGGCAGAAAGUCCCAAAAUCUGGAUGACAAUCGACCGCCACUGCCGCCACGCCCACCGCCCAGGCCACGUAGCAACGGAAAUGGUUCCAUAGCCCAUCGCCAUGGAGCUGGCAUCAAGAAGUAUGUGGUGUGGUGCCUCAUCUGCGGCGGCUUUAGCUGCCUGCUUGGCGUUCUCUUUCUGGGAGUCUACUUCCUGCUGCACUCGUACACCAUCACCGUGGGCAACUUUGAGACGGUGCCGACCUUUGUGCCGGCCACACUGCUCAUCCUCACGGGCAUCUGCAUCAUGAGCCUGGCACGUCGAAGGAAUCGCUAUAGCUAUCUAAUUAAACUGUCGGGUGCCUGUGGCCUGGUCUCUGCCCUCACCUGUGCCUUGGUCACGGUCACCACCACCGUGCUGCACAUGAGUCGCCUGCAGGCGCUGCGGGAGUGCGAGUACGCCCAGAAGACGCGCACUUGCACCUGCUACUCGGACCUCAUCGAGUCCCAGGUAGAUCGUGUGGACAAGGAAGGAGUGCGUCUGGUCUUCGACUCCCUCUCCGAUUGCGGCGUCGUCCAUGGAUCGCUCUACUCCUGCCUGCGGGCCAUCUUUGGGCUGUCAGUGGCCGGUGUGCUCAUUGCCGUCUUCAGCUGCAUGCUGGUCUAUCAACUGCUCAGUCAUGAGCGCAAGAAGAUGUACUGGGAGCAGCUGGAGCUGCGUUGCCGCUCCCUCUAUGCCAGCCAGGCGCCGCCACCUUCAAUGGGAGCUCUCGGUGCACCCGGACGUAUGCUCAAUUGUCGCUGCUGCGAGCAGUGCCACGCCCAUCGGCAGAUGACGCUGCCGAUGCAGACCACAGCCUAUCCCUGGGACGAGGCCACGGUGGCGGCAGCAGCCGCUGCAGCCGGAGGCGGAGGAGCGGAGCAACGCUUUUGGGCGUCACAGCCACCGGGAAACUUUUACUCGCCUAAUCCAGGCGGUGACGAUGCCUCCGGACAGUGUCGCGGCGGAGAACGGGGAGGAGCAGCGGCCGGCGGACGCAGCAGCAGCGGCUGGAGCUGGCCGAGAAUGCCAUGGCAGCGCACCACACCGGACACUGGACGACGCUUCCGCCAGGCAGCAGCCAGUCCGGACUCCCAGUAUGGUUUCAGCUCAGCCACGGCCAUGACGGCGGACGGUAAUCAAAUGCUGAUCGAGGAGCCUGCGGUGGGUGCCACCUAUAAUGGAAUGCCGCCGCCCAAUGCCUUGCCCUACGGAGUGUGGGGUCCUCCGCCGCCGUACAGCGAUCCCAAUAGCCCCGCGAGGCGUGGCUACUACCAGUAUCUGCAGCCAACGGCCUGUCUGGCUGGCAAUCCCUCAACCACGACGGUGGCCCUCACCCAGGAGCAGCUCCAUCAGCAGGCGAUGCAGCACCAGCACCAGCAUCAACACUCGCACGCCCACGUCCACGCACAUCCCCAGCAGCAGCAACAGUUGCAGCUGCAGCGAAUCCAAGGCCAGUCGGCCACUCUGGAGAGGAUGGAUGGCCUGAGCCUGAGCAGUAUGACUGGCAACAUGAACGGCAUGACGUCCACACGCUCCUCCGCCUACAAGUCGAAGGUGGAGUACGAGAACACGCCCUCGGACAGCGACGGAGGCGGAAAUGUGAGAGAGAGGGAUCGCUGCUCCAACACGCUGCCCACGCGGAAGCUGAAGAAGCGCAUCGAGGCGGGCACCGGUGCCAAGAGCAUUGGACCUCAGAGCAAUCCUAGCCAGCAGCGGCCCAAUGUCCAGCAGCUGUUUGCCAAGCAGGAUCAUCAGCAGCCGCCACAGCAGCAGCAGCCCGCUCAAUCGGGUGCGCAGCAAGCACAGACGCAGUCUUCGACAGGCGUGGAGAACAGCGGAUAUCAGGAUUCGAACGGAGCCAUAGCCAAGGAUCAGGUGGUGGGCUCGCUACUGCAGGACCCUGCUGAGUCGGAGGUUUACUUUGCGGACGUCAGCAGCUGCUGCAACAUGUCCGUAAAGAACGACAACUACUACGACAACGCCCAUCGGCAUCAGGGGCACCAUCACCAUCAGCAUCAGCACAGCAACUGCAGCCACAGCAGUAGCCAGAGCAACGCCAACACCAACAGCAACUCCAACUCCUCAGCGAAUGAGGAUUAUCUGGCACAGAGAUUCGGAAGACGCGAGCAUUCCAUACGCAGUCGUCUGCCCAUUCCCCCUCAGGCACGGCUGGAGGACGACUAUGAGAGCUCGAACCUCAAUAUGCCCACGAUGAAGGAGCAGCAGCAGCAGCAGCAACAGCUGCAAAAGGAGAUCUCGCGCCAGAGCAUGUGCUCCGUGGAGUCGGAGGCCAAGACUGAGUUCACUGACCUGUCGCCAUCGACGCCCUGCGGUGGAUCACUGCCACCGCCACCUGCAAACUUUGCCAGCGAUCCGCCGUGCACGCCCUGCACGACGGGACAGCAAUCGCCAAGCUUUGUGGCCUCGUUCCCAUACUCCUCGGAGUCGCAGUGCCUGGAGGCACAUCGUCGCUCCACUAAGAACAUCCACGAGCUGCUCAUGGCCGGCGGUGGUACGUCAACUGUUGGCGUAGAUUCCCACUACGAGGUCAUCAACGAUAGGAACAAUCCAGUGGGCAGUUAUCAACUGCAGCGCGCCAUUGCCGGCGGCAGCCACAAGCACAAGUCCAAGUCAAAAACGCGCUCGCGGGAGCAGCUGGACAUCUAUGGCAGUGGAGGCGGAGCUGAUCGCUCAGACUGGUCCUCGGACGGGGGGCGUUUGUGAGACAAAGCGUGCGACGAGGUGUUUGUCUAGGCGGAGUGGCGCAGUGGUUUCAUUAUCAUCAUUAUAUACUCAAUACGAGACUAUGUACUCGUCGAUUCUUUAGUGUCCUCUCCACGUCCACCCGCACACACACACACACCCACAAAAUAUCGUCGCAUUUGUAAUGUUUGCCAUCCAACAGAGGAGCAGCAGUUCCUCCCUCUCAAUCUCUUUCUCUCUCUGUCUAACCAACUCAAAGGCCCCCGGCGGCCGUGCACACUUUGCUUUAACUGUUUUACGCGAAAUAUCCUUUGCAUAUAGUAUAUACACAUAGUUUAUAUUGAAUAUUGAAUAUUGACUAACGUAAAACACAAAUAUUGUAGCAUUGAAUUGAAUGUUGAGAAAUUGUAGAAAUGACAAACACUGUGCAACGGCGAUUUGUACUUGGCACUUGGCAAAAAUUUGUUUGUAGCCACAUCUAUUCCCCAAUCACUUUUAAAAUCUUAAAAAACUCUUCCAUAUCUACAAACUAAUUUUUGCGACGUGCUAACGUACACUAAGAAAUUUACAUUUUGUCGCACAGUGUACGAAUAUUAUGAAUAUUAUUAUUAUAUACAAAUUAUGUUAUAUUUACCUGCGUAUUUACAUAGUUGCAUACAUAUACACACACACACUUACACACAUAUACAUCCAUAUAUAGCAUAUACAUAGUUAGUUAAAUGUUAGAGCGCAAGUUAAAUUUAUUAAAGAACAAACUAUAUCCGAAGCAUUUUAACAACAACAAAUCCGC